AUGUCUUUGAUUGAUGAACCAGAAGAAGAUAAUCCGGUGGCAACUGCAGAAAAGGAACAAGUGGCAGCUACUGAAGAUGAUCCAUUUAAUACUGAUGUUUUAUUUGAUACAGAUGUCUUGGAAACAGGGCCAGAAGUUGUUGCUAAUGUUGAACAAGUUGUAGAUGUUGAAGCACAGAAAGAGAAAGAAAAAGUUGUUGAUGAUAUUGAGGGUGAUGAUGUGGAUAAAAGUACAACAAGUUCAUCAAGUUCUUCAGAUGAUGGUAUUGAUGAGAUUGAAAGUCGAAAAAGAAUUCAAGAAGAGAUUGAAAAAGAGAAGCUGUUACGAAAGAGAAAAAGACAGGAAAAGGACGACGAUGAUGUUUAUGUGCCUUCUCCAGAGAAUGUCUCAGGAUCACAAUCUUCUCCAAGAGUUAGAAAGAAAGCUGGAGGUCGGAAGAAAGUGGUUUCUCCAAAGAUUGUCAAAGCCUCUCCAAAGAUCAAAGUAACGAAGACUGUGCUCAAAAAGAAGAAACAAACCAAGAAACCACCUACACCACCACAUGAACCAACACCACCACAAUCACCUCUCCAAUCACCACCACGACAAUCUACUCCACCACAACAAUCCUCACCACCUAAACAACCAACACCUCCAAAACAACCAUCACCUAUUCAUCAAACACCACCACCACAACAACCUUUUGUUACCUCACAAGAACUAUUUCAAACACCUCCACUCACCCAAGUGCAACCUGGUUUGUCUAGCAGAGGUCUUUAUACUCCACAGGAUAAUCUUUUAGAUGUUGGAGAUUUUGAUUUUGCCAACACUUCACAAGUCAGAAAUGUUGAAAAGAAAGUAGAAGAAGUUGUUGCUGAGAACAAGAGGCUGGCAUCUGAAAAUAAGAAAGUGUCUGAUAGAGAAAGACUUCUUGAGAUGCGUGUGAAGAAGUUAGAGAAUGAAAAUCAAGAGUUGGUGAAAAAGAUUGAUGGUGAUCAAUCAGAAAUUGAUAUCUUGAAGGUUAAAGUUGCUGAACUUGAAGAAGAAAAGGCUAGAUGUGAUGAACAGAAUGAGUACUUUAAGUUGAAGAACAAAGAAUUUGAAGCAGCCAAAGCAUUAAGAGAUCACGAGUUCUAUAUGCUGAACAAAGUUGUUGAAAGCAUGCUUGGAACAUCGUUAGAACAAAAGUUUGAAGAGCUGCAGGUUGAAGAGCUCAGAGCUGAACGUCAAGCCAAAAUAGAUGAGCAAAUGAAAGAUAAAGGUAAGGGAGUUGAAGGUAGUUCAGCUGUGACUGAAAGAUCGAUAGUACCUUCUAUGGUGGUUGAUAAUCCCGAGCCUAUCACUGCAAUAUCUGGUUUGUUUGAUGAGGAAACACAUCUAGAAGAGUUAAUGGAUGAUGAUGAUGACGACGCUGCAGGUGGUACAGGUUUGAAAGUUGCAGAAGCUUCCACUGAGAAAAAGGUUGAUGAUCUGAUGAAUGAUUCGGUAAAUGAAGAAUCAGGGGAAGUAAGUGGAAAGGGGGAGUCCAAGGCUGAUAAGUAUGAUCGAGUUGAGAUUAAAGACUGGACAGAUGAUGAAGAUGUAGUUGAAGAUACUUCUAAGUUUCCUACACUUAUGGAGUUCUUUGCUGAGGAAAAUAGAGAAGAAUUGAGACAAAAGGUGACUGAGGCUAUGAAAGAAAAGAACUUUGAUAGUACUCAAAAGGAAAUGGAAAAAGAAUAUAGAUCGAAGUGGUUCAGAAAAAGUCACGAGAGAAAGUUUAAGAGACCUUUGAAGUAUUAUCAGCGUGAUAGAAGCGUGUCUCUCGGUGACAUUAUCAGUUGGGGUUACUUACCGCAAGUAAAUGCUUAUGCGAUCAGACGAGAGUGCGGAGUUCAGUACUUUGAACGUUUAUAUGACAUCAUGUCAUUACCAUGGUGGGAUGUAGAUGAACCGCCGAAGGUUAGAUGUUUGGAUUACCCUGUUCGAAAGAAUGAUGUUGCUAUGUGGGGAUACAUCAAUUAUAUUACUACCGAAGCGGUAACUACUUAUAGAGCAGGAGGGGAGAUUAGAGAGAUACAUGUUUAUGAUCCAAUGUGGCUGAAAGGUAUCAAUUCUGAGAGUAAAUGGAAAUCAUCUUGGUGGUCGCUUGAUGAAAAGAUGAAAAGAAAAGCUAAUCGUGAACGUCAAAAGCUUGAAGAAAAGAAAGGUACGUUUUUGAAGAUGCAAGCUGAAGAAGAGAAAGCGAAGAAGAAAGAGAAUGAAAGAAUUAGGGUUGCGCUGAGCAGGAAGCCAAAGCCAAGGGAAGAGUCAUAUAGAGCUGUCUGA